AUGCUUAAUGAGACUAUUAUAAGUAUCUGCAUGCUUGCUAUUAGGCAAUUCAAGGAUCACUUACCUCUUGAUGGACUAACUCAUGUUAAACGUAUUCGAAAGGAUGAACAUGGUAACUACGCCAUCAUCGUAUGCCUACGCAAACACUUGAGUGAUAUUUCGGAAUUAGCAAUGCAAGAAUGGAUAAAAAACCAGCCUAUUUCUUGGGAAUAUUUAGGCAAUCUUUAUAUAGUUCAAGUUGCCGCUACCUCAGCAUUAACGAGAAAACAAUUUGAGGUGGCUUCCAAAUAUUGGCCUAUCUCAUUCUAUGAAGACAAAAGAAUUUCAACUGCUAUUGAGGGAAAGUUAUUUAAUCAGGAAGUGAUUCAAAAUAUUUAUAAUAACAUGGAUAUAGCUAUAUCUACGGCUUUAGAGAAUUCCAUGUUCAAAAUUGGUGCAGUUAUGGUUGAUCCAGAAAGUAAUAAGGUUCUAGCGAAAGCUUCUGAUGGCCGGUCCAGAAAUGUUGAUAGCUCCUUAUUAAAGCAUGCCGUAAUGACAUGUAUUGAUGAUAUUGGUAAAAUGCAUGUAGCUGUAGAAAAUACCAAUAAUUCUUCUAAAUUGCCUAAUGAAGAAUCUAACAAUCAACGUGGUUAUCUUUGUACUGGAUAUGAUCUUUAUGUUACGAAGGAGCCUUGUGUCAUGUGUGCCAUGGCUUUGGUACAUUCAAGAAUUAAGCGAGUAUUCUAUGCAGUAGAAGAUAAAGAGUAUGGGGCCCUCGGUAGUCGAUACAAAAUUCAUGUCCACGAGGGUUUAAAUCAUCAUUUUGAAGUAUUUAAGAAUAUCUAUCGGGACAGAUGCUUGCAGCUUCAAUAA